GAGAGAGAGAGAGAGAGAGAGAGAGAGAGAGAGAGAGAGAGAGAGAGAGAGAGGAGGAGAGAGAGAGGAACUAUUUUACGGACAAUUCUUCGGCUUUAUAGCGAACAUUAAACACUGACAGUGAAAGCGCUCCUUUGUCGUUGACUAGGACAGAGCGAAAGAGUGAGAGAAGGAGGCACAGAGGGGGGCAGGCGACUUUCUCUGAAGUUGAAGCCACAAUUUCGCCAGUGUAAGUGCCAGAGGAAGAGAGGAGAGGAGCCAACGACUCUUUUGGAUUUGACAAACGAGGGGGGAAACAUACACGGGUUACGUGUAUGGCUAGAAGCUCCUGAGUUAACCUUAAAUGAACAAAAGUUGAAGUUCGGCGUCGUGGCAGUCGGUAAAUGUUGUGACAUUUUAGGAGAGCAUAAAUUGCUCCAGCGGUCGACGGUCGAGUGGCGGGGUAAAACCCGAGCUGUCAAACCCCGAUGACUACUGCAAACUGCCCCGGGAAUGAGGAGCUGGACUUCAGACUGAUCUUCGGAGAGGAGGAGCAGCAGCAGCCGCUAGGCCCCACAGAUCUGGAGCCUGAUGACAACACAUCGUUCUACAUCCUAAAUGUGGGCCAGUCCCAGUCUAUGGUCACUAACCACCAGUCUAUUGGCCUGCCUCGUCAUGGCAUGCAGUCCCACUCCCAGGUCAUCAGCACUUCCCCGCGCCUUCAGUCACACAAACCAGGAUCUGAACCCCCAAGCUAUGAGGCACAAGACAAGUAUGGCACCUCCCCCCUGCUGCCCUCUGCUCCCGUGGAGGCACCAAAAGCCUUUGAGUGCCCCAGUAUUCAGAUCACCUCUAUCUCCCCUAGCUGCCAGCAGGAGAUGGAUGCCAAUGAGGAAAAUCUGAGGGCAAAUGGCCCUGAUGGGGACUACCACAGCGACAGGCCCCUGUCCAGAGACCACCUGUAUUUGCGCCUGGACCACUCAUACCGGGACUCUUCGCUCAGCCCUAGCCCAUGCAGCAGCCUCUCUUCUAGGAGCUGGUUCUCUGAUGCCUCCUCCUGUGAAUCAUUCUCACACGUCUAUGACGAUGUUGACUCAGAGCUAAACGAAGCAGCUGCUCGCUUUACCCUGGGCUCCCCGCUUACUUCCCCAGGCUGUGCCUCCCCUCAGACCGGUGGUGGGGUUUUGGAGGAGCAGCCCCACUGGCAGCACCACCACCCCGCCUUCGUCCACCACUCCCACUCCAUCAGCCUGUCACCCCGACAGUCCCCCUGCCACUCGCCACGCACCAGUGUCACCGAUGAAAAUUGGCUUAGCCCGCGGCCACCUUCCAGGCCCUCCUCACGUCCCACCUCACCCUGCGGGAAGAGGCGCCACUCUAGUGCCGACAUCUGCUACCCAGGCUCUGUGUCACCACAUCACUCACCCACGCCUACGCCAGGACCUUCACCUAGGGGCAGCGUGACAGAGGACACCUGGGCUGGCAGUCCUUCUGUAGGCAUGUCGCCCUUCCAGUGCUGCCCAUCUGAAGCAGACAUCCCAUCCAAGACAAGGAAGACCUCACAAGACAGAACAGCUAUGCAGACUGGGAAAGGGGAGCUGGGACUAGAUGACCAAGGAAAUAUGUCUCCUAAUCUAGACUCUCCUUCAGAGGAGGCCAUGCACAGCCUGAAGAAGGACGGGCCCGGGGAACAGUUUCUCUCUGUGCCCUCCCACUUCCCAUGGAAUAAACCCAAGCCUGGUCAUACACCUAUAUUCAGGACCUCCUCGCUUCCUCCGCUAGAUUGGCCUCUACCAAGUCAGUUUGGCCAGUAUGAGUUGAAGAUAGAGGUGCAACCCAAAGCCCACCACCGAGCACACUAUGAGACCGAGGGCAGCCGAGGAGCUGUCAAAGCAGCAUCAGGUGGCCACCCAAUUGUCAAGCUCAUUGGCUACAGUGAGAAGCCCGUCAACCUGCAGAUGUUCAUUGGAACAGCAGAUGACCGUUAUUUGAGGCCGCACGCCUUCUACCAGGUGCACCGGAUCACGGGGAAAACCGUAGCCACGGCCAGCCAAGAAGUUUUGAUCUCCAGCACCAAAGUUCUCGAAAUUCCUCUCCUGCCCGAAAACAACAUGUCAGCCAGUAUCGACUGUGCUGGCAUCCUUAAACUACGGAACUCAGACAUUGAGCUGCGGAAAGGAGAGACGGAUAUAGGAAGAAAGAACACACGGGUCCGCGUGGUGUUCCGAGUUCACAUCCCUCAACCCAACGGGAAGGUGCUGUCGCUGCAGGCUGCCUCCAUUCCUGUGGAGUGCUCCCAGCGUUCAGCUCAAGAGCUGCCCCAGGUGGAGAAAUCCAGCCUGAGCAGCUGUCUGGUCAGUGGGGGAGAAGAGAUGGCCAUCACUGGGUCCAACUUCUUCCCAGAGUCCAAGGUCAUCUUCCUGGAGAAAGGCCCUGAUGGACGGCCACAAUGGGAAGUGGAGGCAAAAAUAAUCCGUGAGAAAACUCAAGGAUCAUGUAUUGUGGUGGAGGUUCCUCCCUACCACAGUAAGACUGUGGGCUCAGCUGUGCAGGUGCACUUUUAUGUCUGCAAUGGCAAGCGGAAAAGGAGCCAAUCGCAACGCUUCACUUACCUUUCAGUCAUGGUAAAACAGGAGCACAGAGAUGAGCUGGACCUUACUGCAGUACCCCCUAUGUCCAUGCCCCUGGCACAUGCUGCCAGUCUGGUGCGCACUCAGCUGCCUUCUCCUGAGCAGGGCCACCCAUCGGACAACCUUCUGUCCAGCUCCCCUCAUGGCCUGGCCACGGGCUCCGGACCUGGCCUGCUACCCCUGCAGGCCCCCUGCCCCUCCCUGGGCUCCCCGUCUUUCCAGCACCUGCCUCACCUCCAGGGUCACAGUUUGCACCACCCUCCUGCAGACUGCCACAUGACGUUCCACCCAGGCUCUGCUCCUGCUCCUCUUCCUGCUCCUUCCCGGCCCUCCUACCAGCCUAUGCAGCACAGCCAGAGUCACGGUCAUAGCCUGCCCUUCAACGGCCAGUCCAGCCUUCCUCCUCAGGGCUAUGAGAGGAUACCCUUUCAGCAGAGCCCCAGUGCAGCGUCACACCCGAUGAGCAUGGGGAUGAUGUACCCCAGCUCCCCUUGCUCCUCACCAUCAGCUCCCUCCUCUUCGGCCACCAACCCCAUUGCUGGAUCUCCCCAGAGCCAGCAACCCCUGCUGGCCCCGUCAUCCCCACACCUUCACACACUUGGAGGCUUCCACUGUUCCCCAAAUCCCACCCAGGUGCCCUCUCCUGGUGGCCACCCACUUGUAGGGCAGCACUCCGCCCAGCUGCAGAGGGCCAUGGGCUACCAUCCGGUAAGUCAAAGGUCAGCUUCCUGCCCCACACCGUCCAGCGCCCCUCCUCCACGGAUGGUCCCCUCUCCCCACUCUGGGCCAUCCUCCCCUCAGCUCCACUCGCUGCCCUACCAGUCUCCCACCUCAUCUUCCCCCACCUCAGGUGGCAGUCCUCUCGGGCCCCUGCAACAGCAGCAUUCAGGACAACCUUCUCCCCAGGCUACAAGCCCUGUCAUGGUCAGCUUGUCCCCGGCGGCAGCAGGGCCUUUGGUUCACCCUCUAAGCCCACAGGGGCCCUUCCCCUCAGACGGGGAGAGGCUGAACAUCAAAGAGGAACCGGAGGAUAGGGAGCCCACCUUCCGCUCCAUCGGCCUGCAGGACAUCACACUGGACGAUGUGAACGAGAUCAUCGGCAGAGACAUGUCCCAGUCCCCCAGCGCUCAUGCUCCUCCGCCGGCACACAACCAGUCGUAGCUCAGCCCUCGCUCACGCCAGCCGUCCCCUCCAGCCCUGCACCCCCACGGCUCCGUCAUGGACCCUGCUCUAGGUCCUGGUCCUCUGUGCAAUGCGACAAGAGGGCAGGAAGAGACAAGACUGUGGUCUGAAGACAGAAUAUAGAUUCUGUAAAAACCAUGUGGACCUCCUAGACCCACACAACCUGACAAGACGACGCCCGCAUUUGUCUCUUCCCAAAGUCAAACAUCUUAUGUAGAGACAUAGAUUCAGAUUUCACAACUUCACACAGAUUAAACUGAAAAGCGAGCAGGGAGAAUACAGCCAUGUUGAGUUACACCAUGAGUGAAAUGAUCCGAGGAGCCAAUACAGAAAUGUGCUUUCUCAGAGCUGUCUGUUAGUUCUCAGGCCUGUGCUCAGAUAUUAAGAUGCGACCCACAACCCUUAUAGGUGACCCUUAAAAAGCACCCCUGUCUUCCUGACCAAUCAGCUCUCUGUGAGUAUAGAGCGCUCAUGCUUCGAAUAACUUUUUUUUUGUAGCGGAGACAAUACAACAGAGUGUGUUGUCCUCCCCCUUCUCACCAGCAUUUGUGAAUGAAGACAUCUUGAGACAUGUAAGAAUGAGAGACUCAGGAGCACACAGUGCUCUCACAGGUAGCCAGAGCUGUUCAGAAAGGUUGUUUCACUACUCUAAGGUCAUUUUCUAAACACCAGGUUUACCAAAUUCAAAUCAAACCAUCCUGGAUGAUCAGAAUAGAAAUUUUCAGUCAAAUCUUUUAGAAACGUUUAGAGUGAACUCUCCUGUCAUGCUAACACAGUGAAAACAUCAUCUCCCUGUUUUUUCGCUCAUGGCUCAGUGAUGAAGUCACUGUCCACUCCUUGUUUUUUUUCCCCCUUUAAAUUUAAAAACCAUUCAGGUCUGGAGUGCAGCGGCGUGGCAGGGAGGAGACGCUCCUCUGGCGCCGGUCUGGGAUCUGCAACCUGCAACAUUCCACAACUUUUAGUAACCUUGCAGCCGUGUAGAUAUCUGUACAUGAACUCCCUCUCUUCUCUCCUCCUUUCUCCUCUGUUUCAUCUGUUCGUGCUCCCUCUCUUGUGUUUCUUUAUCUUCUUCAAGUUGAACAAAUGCCUUAUUAACAUUUAGCAGCUUUCAAAUGGUAGCAAAAGCUUUUUUGUUGUUGUUGUUUUUGCACAGCUGGGUUUGAGUUUGACUUUUUUUUUUUUUUUUAGGAAACAGAUGUGUAAUUUGGGUCACGUGGACGUGAUUUCAUGAAUCCCCAUGGUUUAGACAUGAGUGGGAUGAGCGGGAUUCAGGACUGAGGCAGCCCUCCUGAUCAUUUUUAUUCAAAGAUAUGUGAAGAUGCCCCGUUAUUUCCAUGUUACAGAAAAGUGUUUUUAUUGAUCCACAGAGACAGACAACACUCUGCCUCUUAAAUUUUUAUGCAAUAACCCCCCAAAUCCCCCAGGGGCCCUCGUGUGCCUUCUAUUUCCUGAGAGCCACCAGCCUAGGCGACGUACAAUGGGAAAUAAUCUGACAAAUAUUUUAAAGUAUUUUAUAUAUUUAAGCUGCACUUAUGUAUUGCCCCAACCUCCCAAACAUCAGGAUGUAACGAGAUCUUCCCCAUCCCCCGUUUGCAACAAUCAAUGUUCGCUAUUCACAAUCAAAGACGAAGACGUGUUCAUUUAUUUGUCCUAUUCUGACAGAUAUGCAGUGCCUGUAUGGCAGCAAUAACAGGGUCUCGAGGAAAGUUGGCCUGGUGUAAGUGUGUUUCAGGCGUGGUCGUGUCAUUCUGGUCGGAAGGUUUCCAUUGGCUUGUUUGCCUUAUGCUCCUGCAUGUGAGAGUUGAAGGAGUGUUGCUUAUGACGGUUUUAGGUCAGUUUCCAGGUGAAAAUGAUUCUGCUAUGCAUUAAAGUUCUGCCUAAUGCCUUUAAAAUGAGAAAAAAAAGACAAAAAAGACCUCGAUGCCUAUAGAAGUAGACUGUAGACUUGUUGUAGAUGCUUGAUUGAUUUGUGUUAGCAUCCGGGAUUUGUCCAUCAGCCAAUCUGCCUUGUCAAGGACGCAGUGCAAGCAUCUUAAUAGGUUCAGUGUAUGUGUGUGUGCGUGUGUGUGUGUUUGUGUGUGUGUGUGUGUGUGUGUGGAUGGAUGGAUGGUGUUUGUACCAAAUAUUCUGUACAGAAGACGGGAAUUUUGAGAGUCCUAUUUUCAACAACAGAAGCACACAUGUAUUUAGGCUAUGCAAACUGUAACAGCAGCAAAUGUGAGAUAUGACAUUUAAAUAUGACAAAAUGAGAUUAUAAAUGUAAUAUUGCUUAUGAACUUCACAGAGCGGAAAGAAAAAAAAAACAUUCAGAUAGUGAGAGUAUCAUGUCACUAUGUAAACUAUUAGGAUGCCUUAACUCUUGUUUGAAAACCAGUUUGUCAGUGUGUCUGUAUGCUGUUCUGGGUUGAUGAUUUUCUUUUUUGUCCAUGACUAAGACAUAAGUCAGUAACUAUUAUUGUUUUUGUUUGUUUUUUGGGGGAGGGAGGGGGGCGCAGCGUGGACAUUGAGGGUCGGGUGCGAGAAAGGAGAUGGCUUUUUGAAUAUAAAGCUGGUUCUGCAGCUUGAAAGACUUGAGUCAACAACAAAAAAAAAAAAAACGAAACCAGCAUUCACAGUAAACUCUGGCUGCCGUCUUCUUCAGUCACAACCAAA